AUGAUCCUCGGAGCAACGUCCAGGUUAGCCAGAUACAGGGCAUCUGGAGCUGGAUCUCAUCCCCUUAUUUUGUGGGGUGGCUUGAGACAGAAAUCAAACUCGUCUGGACGGUGGCUCGAGAGACAAUCCAACGAUGCUCAUACCAAACAAGCAAAGACGGAAUACUAUAGAUCGCGUGCGGCAUACAAGUUGAUUGAAAUAGAUAAGAAGUACAAGUUGUUCAGUAAACGGACCACCAACAUUGUGGACUUGGGAUUUGCGCCUGGGGCGUGGACUCAAGUAGCCAUCGAGAGAAUGAAAAAACUAGGACAUAAAAGUCGGAUCUUGGGAGUAGAUUUGAUAAGCUGCAGUGCCCCUCAAGGAAGUCACUUCAUCCAAGGAGAUAUCCUCUCCAGAAAGACACACCAGGAUAUACAGCAAUUUUUCAGCGAAGAAGAGGCCCAGCCUGUGGACUUGGUGCUCAGUGACAUGAUGGCCAAUACCUCAGGAAUCAAGGACAACGACCAUUUUGCCAGCAUGGACUUGUGCGAUGGGGCCAUGAUCCUUUCGUGCCAUUUGUUGAAGGAAGGGGGGUCUUUGGUCAUGAAAUUCUACACAGGUAAGGAGGACCAAGUCCUUCUCAAGAAGAUGCAAAAGAUGUUCAAAAAGGUGUACCGCAUGAAACCCGAUGCCUGUAGAGAUGAGCUGCGAGAGAUGUAUAUUAUUGGAGUGAGAAAGAAUCAGCUAACUGUACAGGAGCUAUUUGGAGAAUAG